AUGGCGGUGACGAUGAUGAAUAGAAGUGUAGCUGAGUGCCCUGCAGUGGCCUGGAAGCACUGGAUGACUAGGUCACACGUGGGAAAAUUAAAGACACAACAUCUUAAGGCGGCUAGGACCAUAGCCCAACUGGCAAAGAAGCUGCCAAAAAUCAGCACUGAAAGAAGCUUCGUUGGAUCCGUUAGAAUACAGGCUGGAUCAGAUUGGAACAAAGAAAGCUGUAAUGUGGUCGAUCCAACAAGCUGCAAUCCUACAACACUCGGACUUCAUACUCACAGAGCUAAGUUGAAUAAACGCCACACAAAAAAAGCGCAGUAUGAUGCUUCUAAGGAAAUAAUCCAACAUGCUGAUAGGUAUGAAUUGAAGACAUUCACUAAUAGCUCGGUGGACCAACAACAAAAUGUGGAGGUGUGGCACUGGUUGCGUAUAACAAAGAAGGAAUGGUCUUUUAUAGAAAAUUCCAUGUAG